AACUUUUGAAUAAAUCUCCUUAUUUUUGACGUUUCAUUGUAUAAAUACUCUGGUGAUUCUCGUCUUUAUCGUCGUAUACUAGUUUCCACUUCAACUAGAUCAAAACAACAGAGAGAAGAGUUAACAACAUGGCAUUAAUCGACGCAAUUAGUUACUUCACUUCACUUAGUGUUGGUCAACAAAUUUCCAUCGUCCUUGUUGCUCCCUUCGUAUACAACAUCAUAUGGCAAAUUUUAUACUCGUUGAGAAAGGACCGUGUUCCUUUAGUAUUCCAUUGGAUCCCAUGGGUUGGUUCUGCUGUCGAUUAUGGUCAGAGGCCAUAUGACUUUUUCGAAGAAAACCGUCAAAAGUAUGGUGAUGUGUUUGCCUUUAUGCUUUUAGGGAAGAUUUGGACCGUUUAUCUUGGUCCAAAGGGUCAUGAAUUUGUUUUCAAUGCCAAGUUACAAGAAGUUUCCGCCGAAGAAGCUUAUAGACAUUUAACCACCCCUGUUUUUGGUAAGGGUGUUAUCUACGACUGUCCAAACUCCAGAUUAAUGGAACAAAAGAAAUUUGCCAAGUUUGCCUUGACCACUGAUUCGUUCAAGAGAUAUGUUCCUCAAAUUAGAGAAGAAAUCUUGAAGUAUUUUACUAGUGAUUUCCACAUGAAAGAAUCAGAUUCUGGUGUUGCCAAUGUUAUGAAGACUCAACCAGAAGUCACCAUUUUUACCGCUUCAAGAUCCUUAAUGGGUGAAGCUAUGAGAAAUAGAUUCGAUAAGUCAUUUGCCAAGUUAUAUUCUGAUUUAGAUAAAGGGUUCACUCCAAUCAACUACGUAUUCCCUCAUUUACCAUUGCCUACUUACUGGAGACGUGAUGAAUCUCAAAGAAAGAUUUCCGGUACUUAUAUGAAGGAAAUCAAACACCGUCGUGAAGUUGGUGAUAUUGAUCCAAGCCGUGAUUUAAUUGACAGUUUAUUGGUUCAUUCGACUUAUAAGGAUGGUGUUAAGAUGACUGACCAGGAAAUUGCCAAUCUUUUAAUCGGUAUCUUAAUGGGUGGUCAACAUACUUCUGCUGCUACUUCUGCAUGGUUCUUGUUGCAUUUGGGUGCUAAGCCAGAAUUGCAAGAAGAAUUAUACCAAGAAAUUAGUGCUAUCUUAAAGGAAAAGGGUGGUGACUUGAAUGAUUUAACUUAUGAAGAUUUACAAAACAUGCCUUUGGUUAACAAUACCAUCAAGGAAACCUUGAGAAUGCACCAUCCCCUUCAUUCUAUCUUCAGAAAGGUUAUGAAGCCAUUGUUGGUACCAAACACCAACUACGUUGUUCCAAAGGGUCAUUACGUCUUAGUUUCUCCAGGGUAUGCCCAAACCAAUGAUAGAUAUUUCCAUGAUGCUGCUGACUUUAACCCAAAGAGAUGGGACGAAAAAACCAACUUGGAAAACCUCAAGGCUAUUUCUGAUGCUUCUGGUGAAGUUGAUUAUGGUUUCGGUAAAGUUUCCAAGGGUGUUUCCUCUCCAUUUUUACCAUUUGGUGGUGGUAGACAUAGAUGUAUUGGUGAACAAUUUGCCUUUGUUCAAUUAGGUACGAUUUUAACCACUUAUAUUUACAACAUUACUUGGACUUGUGACAAGGUUCCAAACCAAGAUUAUACUUCCAUGGUUGUGUUGCCUGAAGCACCAGCUGUUAUCCACUGGAAAAAGAGAGAAACCUGUUUAGUCUAAGUUUACAUAGUGACAUUAAAUAUAUGAGGUAAAACCCAUAA